UGUCUUUGUUUCAUUUUGACUCUCAGGUGCCCGCUGCUGUUAAUCGACGGGCAGCACGGGAGGUCAAGUGAAGUGCAGUACAACAUCGUUGUGGUGCACUACAACAUCGUUGUGGUGCAGUACAACACCGCUGUAGUGCAGUACAACAUCGUUGUGGUGCAGUACAACAUCGCUGUAGUGCAGUACAACAUCGCUGUAGUGCAGUACAACAUCGUUGUGGUGCAGUACAACAUCGUUGUAGUGCAGUACAACAUCGUUGUGGUGCAGUACAACAUCGUUGUGGUGCAGUACAACAUCGUUGUGGUGCAGUACAACAUCGCUGUAGUGCAGUACAACAUCGCUGUAGUGCAGUACAACAUCGUUGUGGUGCAGUACAACAUCGCUGUAGUGCAGUACAACAUCGUUGUGGUGCAGUACAACAUCGUUGUAGUGCAGUACAACAUCGUUGUGGUGCACUACAACAUCGUUGUAGUGCAGUACAACAUCGUUGUGGUGCAGUACAACAUCGCUGUAGUGUAGUACAACAUCGUUGUGGUGCAGUACAACAUCGUUGAAGUGCACUACAACAUCGUUGUAGUGCAGUACAACAUCGUUGUAGUGCAGUACAACAUCGUUGUGGUGCAGUACAACAUCGUUGUGGUGCACUACAACAUCGUUGAAGUGCACUACAACAUCGUUGUGGUGCAGUACAACAUCGCUGUAGUGCAGUACAACAUCGCUGUAGUGCAGUACAACAUCGUUGUAGUGCAGUACAACAUCGUUGUAGUGCAGUACAACAUCGUUGUAGUGCAGUACAACAUCGUUGUGGUGCAGUACAACAUCGUUGUAGUGCAGUACAACAUCGUUGUAGUGCAGUACAACAUCGUUGUGGUGCAGUACAACAUCGUUGUGGUGCAGUACAACAUGGUUGUAGUACAGUACAACAUCGCUGUAGUGCAGUACAACAUCGUUGUGGUGCAGUACAACAUCGUUGUGGUGCACUACAACAUCGUUGAAGUGCAGUACAACAUCGUUGUAGUGCAGUACAACAUCGUUGUAGUGCAGUACAACAUCGUUGUGGUGCAGUACAACAUCGCUGUAGUGCAGUACAACAUCGCUGUAGUGCAGUACAACAUCGUUGUGGUGCAGUACAACAUCGUUGUGGUGCAGUACAACAUCGUUGUAGUGCAGUACAACAUCGUUGUGGUGCAGUACAACAUCGUUGUGGUGCAGUACAACAUCGUUGUGGUGCAGUACAACAUCGUUGUGGUGCAGUACAACAUCGUUGUGGUGCACUACAACAUCGUUGUGGUGCAGUACAACAUCGUUGUGGUGCAGUACAACAUCGUUGUGGUGCACUACAACAUCGUUGUGGUGCAGUACAACAUCGCUGUAGUGCACUGCCCUCUGCUGCCCAGGCGGAACGGGAGUGUCUCCGCAGCAGCCGAUACCGCCUGGCACGCGUGGAUGAGGAGGAGUGGAGCUGACAUUGUAAAGUCGUCAUCAGACGUGGCGAGCCAAUAA